AUGCCGUUCAUGAUAUGUUGUGACGAUGCCGGACUUCAGAUGUCAGCUUAUGGAAAUCGAGAUAUAAAGUCACCUAAUUUUGAUCAGCUAGCUGCAAAAAGCCUGGUUUUUAAACAUGGUUUUACUUCCGUUAGUAGCUGUUCACCGAGUAGGUCGGUGAUAUUGACGGGUAUACCACAACACCAAAAUGGAAUGUAUGGCCUGCACCAUAAUCCACAUCACUUUAACUCCUUUGAUGAUAUCCGGAGUUUACCAGUAAUUCUGGGAGACCAUGGGAUCAGGACAGGUAUUGUGGGUAAGAAGCACGUGGGACCAGACUACGUAUAUAAAUUUGAUUAUGAACAAACAGAAGAAAAUAAUAGCCUGAAUCAAGUUGGUAGAAACAUAACAUUUAUGAAACUAAAGAUUCAAGAAUUUCUCUCUAAUAACGAUACAAGACCAUUUCUUUUGUACAUUGGAUUUUUCGACCCCCAUCGAUGUGGUGUGGUGGGACAGAACAAGCUCGGGGAGUUUUGUGAAAAUUUUGGUGAUGGUCGACCCGGUAACGGUGUAAUACCAGACUGGAACCCUACUUAUUAUGAUCCGGCUAGCUUAGAGGUACCAUAUUUCAUACCAAAUACUGCCACCGCCAGACAAGAUUUAGCUAAUAUGUACAAGACUUUAAGUCGCAUGGACCAGGGAAUAGGUUUGUUUAUGAAAGAAUUAUCCAAUGCUGGAUUUAUGGACAAUACUAUGAUAUUGUACUCCUCUGAUAAUGGUAUACCGUUUCCUAAUGCUAAAACUAACUUGUAUGAAUCAGGCAUGAUGGAACCCUUCAUGGUCUCUUCACCUCUACAUAAACAAAGCUGGGGACAGCAAACAGAAGCCUUAGCUAGUAACAUGGACAUAACCCCGACGGUUUUAGACUGGUUUGAUAUCAAUUACCACAAUAGUUCUGGUAGAGUGAGACUAACUGGUAAAUCAUUAUGGCAAGCUGUAGAUAACCCUAACACACAUGACUACACCACUGUAUAUUCCAGUCAUAAUUUUCACGAAGUUACGAUGUAUUAUCCUAUGAGAGUGAUCAGAACGAAACAGUACCGAUUGAUACAUAAUCUCAACUACCAUGCUCCAUAUGGUAUCGCUACUGAUCUAUUUGGAGCGUCCACAUAUCAAGAUUUAUUGAACCGUUCAGCAUCUGGCCAGCCAACAAACUGGUUUAAAACACUGGACCAAUAUUAUCAUAGAACAGAAUGGGAGCUUUUUGAUUUUGUUGCUGAUCCUUACGAACUGACUAACCUUGCUUAUAACAGCUCCUAUCAACCAGUCUUUAACGAUUUACGAAAUACAUUGAUGAACUGGAUAACGGAGACACAAGAUCCAUGGUAUUGCCUACCGGGACAUGGGCCUGAACAGAGUAAAGGGGAUUUAAAACGCAUAAGAUCAUAA